CCACUUUAUCUGGAUUUGCCUCUUUCCUCCCUCCUUGUGGAUUUAACCUGACCGUUUGGGCCUGCAGUAACAAACUUUUCACAGCCGGUGGCCUGGUGAUGGCGGAGGGCGUGCCUCCUGAGGAUUACUGCGACGAGCCGGUGGAAGAUGAGUUCGGAGAGAUCAUCAAAUGUCGGUCUGAUGAAAGAGAAGUCGUUCAGAAGAAGACUUUCACAAAAUGGGUGAACUUACAGUUGGCUAAGACAGGAAAACCACCUGUGGAGGAUCUGUUCUCAGAUCUGUGUGAUGGACGACGCCUGCUGGAGUUGCUGGAGGGACUUAUAGGACAUGAGCUAGUGAGACUGGAGAGAGGGACCACCCGUGUUCACUCGCUUAACAAUGUCAACCGUGCUCUGCAGAUCUUGCAGAAGAACAAUGUUGAUUUGGUGAAUAUUGGAGCGGCAGACAUUGUUGAUGGGAAUCACAAACUGAUUCUCGGACUCAUCUGGAGCAUUAUUCUCCACUGGCAGGUGAAGGAUGUGAUGAAGGAUGUGAUGGCGGGCCUACAGCAGACCAACAGUGAGAAGAUUCUGCUGAGCUGGGUUCGUCAGAACACACGGCAAUAUCCUGAGGUUAACGUGGUUAACUUCUCCAGUAGCUGGAAUGAUGGAUUGGCCUUCAACGCCCUCAUUCACAGCCACAGGCCGGAGCUGUUUGAUUGGAGCGCAGUGGAGAAGAAGACGUCGGCGAUCGACAGACUGGAACACGCCUUUAGUAAGGCGGAACAGCACCUGGGCAUAGAGAGACUGCUGGACUCCGAAGAUGUGGCAGUCUCGCACCCUGACAAGAAGAGCAUCAUCAUGUACGUUACGUCGCUCUUCAGGGUGCUCCCCCAAAGCAUUUCCAUGGAAGCCAUUCAGGAAGUUGAGUCGCUGCCAUCGGCGACCUCGGCCGGCGUUACCCGUGUAACAACGGAGGAGCACUAUCAGAUCCAGACCCAGCAACGCUUCUCUCAGCAGAUCACAGUGAGUGUGGCUCAGGGGCGAGUGCGGAGCCCCUCCCCUCAGCCUCGCUAUAAAAGCUAUGCCUACACCCAGGCUGCAUAUGUCAAGUCGCCAGAGCAAAAGAGGAGACGUUUUACUGAGCAGUUCCUGACCUGCAGUCAGGAGGAGCUGCAGCGGGGCCUCAGUCCUCUUCCUCCUGGAUCCACGAACCUGGAGAGCUACCAGGCUUCACUGGAGGAGGUGUUGACGUGGCUGCUGUCGACAGAGGACGGCCUCCAUGCUCAGCCCCCCAUCUCCAGCCAGGUGGAGGAGGUGAAGGAGCACUUCCACACGCACGAGGGGUACAUGGUGGAGCUGACCACACAUCAGGGUAGCGUGGGCCGUGUCCUGCGGGCUGGUGCUGCUUUGCUGGCAGAGGGGAACCUCAGCGAGGAGGAGGACUCUGAGGUCAGGGAGCAGAUGAAUCUCCUGAACUCCCGGUGGGAACACCUCAGAGUGGCAAGCAUGGAGAGACAGAGCAGACUCCAUGAAGUCCUGAUGGACCUGCAGAAUAACCAGCUUCAGCAGCUCACAGAAUGGUUGGACGUCACAGAGGCACGCAUCAAGAAGAUUGACUCUCAGCCCCUGGGUCCUGACCUGGAGGAUAUCAAGCACCAAGUAGAGGAGCACAAGCUCCUUCAGGAGGACUUGGAGCUAGAGCAGGUGAGGGUAAAUUCUCUGACCCACAUGGUAGUGGUUGUUGAUGAGACCACCGGAGACAGUGCGACUGCCAUCUUGGAGAGCAAACUUCAGGUCCUUGGUGACCGCUGGGCAGCUAUUUGCAGAUGGACAGAGGAGCGCUGGAUUCUGCUUCAGGAGAUUCUGUUAAAAUGGCAGCACUUCACUAACGAACAGUGUUUGUUUGACUCCUGGCUGACUCAAAAGGAGGAGAUGGUUCGCUCCAUUAAGGCCUCCAACCUCAAAGACCACGCAGAGAUAGCAGCCUGUUUACGACGUCUUUCUACGCAUAAAGCAGAACUAGAGGCGAAGCAUCCCACCAUGGAUAAGUUGUGCUCUAUGAGCCAGGAUCUGUUGUUCAGUGUGAAGAACAAAGAGGUGGCCUCCAAACUAGAGGCCAGAUUGGACAGUUUUGCACAGCGUUGGGAUCGUCUGGUCCAGAGUCUGGAGAUGAACAUUUCCCAGGUUCAGCUUUCCUCGACUGUCAGCACCACCAAGCAGUCCGAGAUGACCCACUCUGGUAUGGUGACCGUUACCAAGGUGACCACGAGGGAAAAGGUGUCGGCUUUGCGCCACACUCGAGAGUCGCCACCUCCUCAAAAAAAGAGACAAGUGGUUGUGGAUUCUGAGCUCAGGAAAAGGUUUGACGUUGACUUCACAGAGGUCCACAGCUACAUGACCCGUGGCGAGGCCAUUCUGCAGAGCCCAGAGCUCUCCGUGUCCCGCAAAGAUGGGAGCAUUCGGGAGCUGCAUGACAAAGUGCAGGCCAUAGACAGAGAGCGGCCAGAGAAGUACAGAAAGCUUCAGGAGGCAACACGCACGGCGCAGACCCUCGUCGAGCAGGAGGGGAGCCGUGCAGAUGACAUUGCACAGGCAGCAGAUCAACUGAACCAGCGCUGGGCGGGAUUCUGUGUCUUGUUGGCGGACCGACUGACAUGGCUGGCUUACCAGACAAAGGUGCUAGCCUUUUACAGCUUGUAUGAGCAGAGUGAGCAGGCAGUGGACAGCAGUGACAACUGGCUCAAAGUCCAGGCACCUCCAGCGUCAGAACCAGAACCCCUCAAAGUACAACUGGACCGAUGUCGGGAGGAGGUGGCUCGCCUGUCCUCCCUGCAGCCCCAGGUGGACCUCCUUGAAAAGCAGUUGAAGGAAUUGAAAGAUGAAAAGGAAGGAGAGGAGGACCCUUCUGCCUUUUUGGAUGCUGACAUCACUGCCUUCAAAGAACACUAUCGGAAGGUCCUGGAGGAUCUGCGGGCCAGAGAGAGGCAGCUACAACUGGUUUUGGAAAGCUUGCCCCCAGCUCGAUAUAAGGAGACCAUAUCAACACUUUUGGCAUGGUUGCAGCAGUGCGAAGCCAAACUUUCCAUCCCAUCAACGGCUGUUACAGAGUAUCCCAUUAUGGAGCAGAGGCUGAAGGACCUUCAGGCUCUUCAGGUGGCCCUGGCUGAACACCAGGGUGAGGUUGACUACCUGACAUCAGCUGUCGAGCAGGUCUUUCAGAAAGCUCCACCAGACAUCAGCCAAAAGUAUCGCAUAGAGAUAGACGCCAUAAUGGCACGCUGGAGAAGACUGGGCUCCACCCUAACCGACAGUGUCCAGAAAAUCCAGGAGCUCAUGGCCAAACUGAUGCAGUUUGAGAAUGAUGUGAAGACUCUGAAGAAAUGGAUGGCUGAUGUGGAUGUCUUUCUGAACGAGGAGUGGCCUGCUCUGGGAGACUCUGAAGCUCUGGAGAAACAGUUAGAGCAGUGUACAGCUCUGGUGAAUGACAUCCACACCAUCCAACCCAGUGUGAAUGGAAUCAACGAAGUAGGUCUAUACCUUAAGAAAGAAGCGGAGCCCCCCUUUGCCAUACACAUCCAGAAAGAACUGGAUGAACUGAACGCUCAAUGGGAGAAUGUCUGCAAACAGGCCUAUGCAAAGAAGUCUGCCCUCAAAGGGGGCCUUGACAAGACUAUGGCGUUGAGGAAGGAGAUGCAAGAAAUGCAAGAAUGGAUAAACCAGGCCGAGGAAGACUAUCUGGAGAGAGACUUCACAUACAAGACACCUGAAGAGCUACGCAAGGCAGUCGAGGAGCUCAAGAGGGCCCAGGAGGAGGUCCACUCCAAGGAGCUAAAGGUCAAACUCCUGACCGACAGCGUCAACAGUUUCAUCGGCAAGGCCCCGCCCACAGCCCAUGAUGCUUUGCGCUCAGAGCUGGACAUACUAACAGCCAACUACCAGCGUUUGUGUAGUCGCCUGGAUGGAAAAUGUAAAACUCUGGAGGAGGUCUGGGCAUGCUGGUGCGAGUUGCUGUCCUACUUGGAGCAGGAGAACGCCUUCCUGGACCAGCUGGAGCAGAAACUGGACGAGACAGAAAACUUGCAAGGAGGAGCAGAGGAGCUGCAGGAGGCGCUGGAUAGCCUUGAUGUUCUUUUGCAACACCCAGAGGACAACAGGAACCAGAUUCGAGAACUGGCCCAGACACUGAUGGACGGAGGGGUUCUGGAUGAACUGAUUCAGCAGAAACUCUACGCAUUCAAUACCCGAUGGGAUGAACUAAUGGCAAGGGCGGCAGUUAGGCGGAAGGAGCUGGGGCAAAGUGUGCAGUGGGCCCAGGAGUAUGACAAAAUGCUCAGGCAAAUCCAGGAGUCAUUGGCAAGCACAGACCGCCAUCUCACUGCUUACCUGUCUGACCACAUUGAUGCCCAGCAGAUACCACAGGAAGCUCAGAAAAUCCAGACAGAGUUGAAUCGACAUGAAAUGGCCCUGGCAGACAUAAGGAAGAAGAACCAGGACAAGGACCAUUCACAGAAGGUCGAAGGACAGAUAGACUUAACUCAGAAAAUGCUGGCGGACGUCUGGACCAAGUUCCGUCUCUUUCAGAAGCCGGCCAACUUCGAUUCCCACCUGGCUGAGUGCGAGCGCGUGUUGGCCGGGGUCAAAAGUCAGGUCGGGUUGUUGGACAUCCGCAGCGUGGAGCAGGACGUAGUGCAGUCGCAGCUGGAUCAGUGCAUGAAACUGUACAAGAUACUGAGUGAAGCAAAGGGGGAGGUGGAGAUGGUGAUUAAAACGGGUAGACAGAUCGUCCAGAGGCAGCAGACCCAGCAACCCAAAGAGCUGGACGACAGAGUGACCGCCCUGAAACUGCUCUACAACCAGCUGGGAUCACAGGUAACCGAGAGUAAACUGGAGCUGGAGAAGAGUCUAAAAUUAUCCAGGAAGUUACGUAAGGAACUGAAUGGGCUUACGGAGUGGCUCGCCACUACUGACGCCGAGCUGACCAGGCGCUCUGCUGUGGAGGGCAUGCCCAGGGACCUGGAGGCUGAGGUUACGUGGGCGCAGUCUGUCCACAGUGAUAUCGAGAAGCAUCAGCCACAGCUGCAGGCGGUGGUGGACCUCGCAGAGGCCCUAAAGGCUGUGCUGAAGGGCCACGGAGGCUUAGUGGACGACAAAGUCAGUCUGUUGCACUGUAACUGGAUCGCAGUCACAUCCAGGGCAGAGGAAUGGCUCAACCUCUUGCUGGAUUACCAGCAGCAGAUGCAGAAGUUAGAUGGAGAGAUAAAGGAAGUGAAUGAAUGGAUUGACGGAGCAGAGAGAAAGAUGGAUGAUAUAGAUAAUCAGGGACCCAAUGAUGCUGUGCUGAAGGUGUUGCGUGCGGAGCUGGAGAUGACCGAAGGGAAGAUGGAGGAGGUAAGGGAUUUGGCACAAGAGCUCAUGUCCACCAGGGGAGACAACUGCCAGGCCCAAGUAGGACCCAGAAUAGAGAAGCUCAACGAGAGAUUUGAAAUAAUCACGCAACGGAUCACCUCUGGAUUGACAGCAGCAUCAGCCAGGGAGCUUGAACAGUACCACAGUGAAGUACGGGUCUGGCUUGAGAUGCUGGAGGAGGAAGCCAAGCAAGGAGAGAACUUAAAGGAGGAGGACUUCCAGGAGGACAAGAAUUGUGAGGAGGGUGCGGUGCAAGACCUGCUGUUGAAAGGAGAGAACCUACAAAAGAGAGCCCCAGAUCGAGACAAGAGAGAGCAGAUAAGACUGAAACACAACCAGCUGAACAGCAAAUACAACGCUGUAAAGGACCUACGUAUCCUGAGGAAUAGGAAGGCUCUGGCCAUUGCUCCCCAGUGGUACCAGUACAGAAGGAAAUCCCAUGACCUAAUGGCCUGGUUGGACGACAUCCAGCGCAGUGUGGACCAACUUCCUGACCCUCCCGAGGGAGAGCGGGUCAAGGAAAUUGGCUCAGAGUUCGACAAGAAGAAGGAGGAGCUUAAGGAGGUGCAGGGCUUAGCCAAUCAGCUCUCACAGGCUGGAGCCGGCAAUCUAGUGGAGCCGCGCCAACUCCAGCUCAACACCCGCUGGGUUGAGGUGGAGGGCAAGUUCAUACCCUUCAAAAGACGAUGUGAGUACCUGACGGAGCUCCAGGCGCUGCUUCGUUCGGUGUCGGAGACUGACUUCAAGCUGAACUCUCCUGAAUACUGGCCUGCAGCGUAUUAUAACCUGCCCCAGCAAGAGCACUGCCUGAAGGAUGUGAAGGAGAACAUUGACAAACUGCAUGACCAAGUGGAAGGAGCACUUGCCCACAGAGAAGACAUGGUGACCGGCUCUCGACCUUUGGAGGGCCACAGGGUUCAGGAGACAGUUUCCCUACUCAAAAAUAACUGGGAAAAACUGAACAAGCUCUACAAAGACAGACUGAAGCGUUGGAAGGACUGCAGCUCCAAGUGGCAGAAGUUUGACUUGGAUCAUAAGGCAUUGGAGGAGUGGCUGAACAAUGCCGAGAGCACUUUGAAACUGUCUGAGAUUGAGCCAGCAGCCCACAGACAGAAACUCAGGGACCUGGUGGAGGAUAUACCUCUCCAGGAGGUGGUGUUGGGCAGAGUGAACUCUGCAGGAGAAGGCAUCAGCCAGAUGAGCACACCAGAUGAUGCCUUACGCCUCAGAUCGCAGCUUAAAUUACUCAACACUCGCUGGGCCAACGUCUGCCAGGAGCUCAGGGAGCGUAAGAGGAGGUCUGCUGAGGCACGAACAGUUGCCACAGAGCUAGAGGAGGACAUGGGCUCCAUGCUGGGCUGGCUGGAUAAAGCAGAGGGUGUGCUGGCCAUCCCUCUGCAGCCUCCAGAACCACAGCACAUCAGGGACACUUUGAGCAAAGUCCAGACACGUGUGGAGGAGCUUCCCGGGAAGAAGUUGGCAGUGGAGAAUCUGAAUGCCAGGCAAAAUAUGCUAACCCUUCCUGCUGGCAAGCACAAAGACAUCAGGGGCAUCAACACUCGCUGGGCUCAAGUGUCCAAAGCUCUACCUGAGCGUCAGCUGGAGAUUGAAGGUCUACUAAAGGAGCUUUUGAAGCUCCAGGGUCAGCUAGAGGACCUAUCCGCCUGGGCAUCAAGCACCAGAACCAAGCUGGAGCAGAGUCCAGAGGAACCACCACCUAAUCUCAUCGAGGACGUUCAGUUGAAGAAGCCAGAAGUGGAGUUUGCUUUGGAGCGAGCCAAUCAGCUGUACAAGGAGACUCCUCCAGGAUGGCUGGACAAGGGGAAAUAUGCGAAGCUAAGGGAGGACUGGACGGUUAUUCUAGAGCUGCUGCAGCAGCAUAAGGAAAGGAUGGCUGCUGCUUACGUCUCCAAAAAAGCUCAUGAAGCCCCGAUAGGAAGUUCCCAGGCUGAGUCUGCCGCACUCCAGCAGUUUAACAAAUCCUGGGCUGAGCUCACCGAUUGGCUCAAGAUGCUGGAUAACAUGGUGCAAAACAAGCAAGUGGUGGUCGCUGACCUGGAUGACAUCAACGAAAAUAUAUGCCAGCUCAAGGCAUCUCUGCAGGAGCUCGACAAGCGUCGCCCCCUCCUGGAGAAACAAGUAACAGCAGCACAAAAUCUGAAGAAUAAGACCAGCAACCAGGACACGCGCAAUGCUAUUACUGAACGCAUUGACAAGCUUCAGACCCACUGGGAAGACUCCCAGACCAAACUCUCUGACAGGCUUAAACAAAUCCUCAACAUGCUGCAGGACUCCACAAACUGGCUGGAUGCAAAGAGGGAAGUGGACUAUCUUCUCAAACAGGCCAGUGGGAGGCUGGAAUCGUGGCAGGAGAUCACGUACACUGCAGACUCGUUGAGGAGACAACACACAGAUCUGAGGCUCUUCAUGAAGGAACUGAAGCAGUGGCACGGACAGGUGGCUGAAACUAACGCCCUGGCUAACAAACUGCUGACGCUGUACGCCAACGACGACACGCACAAAGUUACCCAGGUCAAUGACAACAUGCUGGCCACGUGGACACACAUCAACAAACGAGUUUCGGACAGAGAGGCAGCUGUGGAAGCUGGUCUGAAGCUGCUCCAGCAAUUCUACCUCGAUCUGGAGAAGUUCCUCAGCUGGCUGAUGGAGGCGGAGACCACUUGCAAUGUUUUAAUAGAUGCCACUAACAAGGAGAGGUUGCAGGAGCAGCCUGAGGCUGCCAAGAGGCUGCUGGCUCAGUGGAAGGACCUCCAGGCAGAGGUUGACAGUCAUGAAGAGCUGUAUUACUCCCUGGAUGAAAACGGCCAGAGGAUUCUGACCUCUCUGAGGGACUCUGAGGACAGGGUUCUGCUCCAGAGACGUCUGGACAACAUGAGGCAGCGUUGGAACGACCUGCGCAGCACGACUCUCAGCAUGAGGUCACAGCUGGACUCCGAGAUGGCUCCUUGGAAGAGGCUCCAUAUGUCACUGCAGGAGCUGCUGAACUGGCUAAGGCUCAAAAGUCAACAACUGGAGCAGGAGAAGCCUGUAGGGGGCGACGUCCCUACCGUGCAGACCCAGCUGGGUACCCACAGAGCAUUCAAAAUGGAGCUCAGAGCCAAGGAUCCAGUGGUGACCAGGGCUGUUGAUGAUGUGGGGCUCUUUUUGUCCGAGCUGCCUAGAGAGACACCAUCACCUGAACAGAGAGAUAUCAGCCCGGAGGAGCGUGCUCAGAACGUGGGGCGAGUGUUGCGUAAAGAAGCAGACGAUGUGAUGAGCAAAUGGGACCAGCUUAACUCCGACUCGGCCGACUGGCAGAGGAGGUUGGAGUUGGCCCUGAACAGACUGAUGGAGCUCCAGGAAGCAGAAGAUCUGCUGGACACACAGCUGAGGCAGGCAGAGAUGGUGAAGGAGGCCUGGGAACCUGUAGGAGAACUGUUGAUUGACUCUUUACCUGAGCACAUUGACAGAGUCAAGGAGUUUCAGGAAGAAAUCACUCUGAUUAAGGAUGAUGUCACACACAUGAACCACUUGGCGUCCACAUUCGAUCCAUCCGACAUCCAGCUGUCACCUAGCAACCUGGAACGCAUCGAAGACCUCAACACGCGCUGGAGACUGCUCCAAAUAUCUGUUAAAGAACAUCUGAAGCAGCUGACAGACGCUCACAAAGACUUUGGCCUUUCUCAAGGAUCUGUAGAAAGCCCCUUCGAGCAGGGUAUCUCUCCAAACAAUGUGCCCUAUUAUAUCAACCACCAGACCCAGACAACAUGCUGGGACCAUCCCAAGAUGAGCGAGCUCUACCAGUCUCUGGCCGACCUGAACAACGUUCGGUUCUCAGCCUACCGCACAGCCAUGAAGCUCAGACGCCUGCAGAAAGCUCUCUGCUUGGACCUACUGAGCAUGCAGACAGCAUGCGAGGUGUUCGAGCAGCACAACCUGAAGCAGAACGAGCAGCUGCUGGACAUUUCCCAGCUGGUGGCCUGUCUGACCAGCCUGUACCAGCGGCUUGAGCAGAGCCACUCUCACCUGGUCAACGUCCAGCUGAGCGUAGACAUGUGCCUUAACUGGCUGCUCAACGUCUACGACACCGGGCGCACUGGAAAGAUCCGGACUCUGUCAUUUAAAACUGGAAUCAUCUCACUUUGCAAAGCUCAUCUGGAGGAUAAAUACAGAUUCUUGUUCCGACAGGUCGCCAGCGCCACGGGUUUUUGUGACCAGCGCCGUUUGGGCCUUCUCCUCCAUGAUUCCAUCCAGAUUCCUCGGCAGCUCGGCGAGGUCGCAUCCUUCGGCGGCUCCAACAUCGAGCCCUCCGUUCGCAGCUGCUUCCAGUUUGCCAACAACAAACCUGAGCUGGAGGCCUCCAUGUUCCUGGACUGGAUGCGCCUGGAGCCUCAGUCUAUGGUUUGGCUCCCUGUCCUGCAUCGGGUUGCAGCUGCCGAAACCGCCAAGCACCAAGCCAAGUGCAACAUCUGCAAGGAGUGUCCCAUCAUUGGGUUCAGAUAUCGGAGCCUGAAACAUUUCAACUAUGACAUUUGCCAAAGCUGCUUCUUCUCUGGCCGUGUCGCCAAGGGACACAAGAUGCAAUACCCCAUGGUUGAAUACUGCACUCCGACCACAUCAGGGGAGGAUGUGCGGGAUUUUGCCAAGGUGCUGAAGAACAAAUUCAGGACCAAGCGUUACUUCGCCAAACACCCACGCAUGGGCUACCUGCCCGUCCAGACCAUCCUAGAGGGGGACAACAUGGAAACUCCUGUCACUCUGAUCAACUUCUGGCCUGUAGAUCAUGCGCCUGGUUCGUCCCCCCAGCUCUCCCACGAUGACACACAUUCUCGGAUUGAGCACUACGCCAACCGGCUAGCAGAAAUGGAGAACCGUAACGGCUCUUAUCUGAAUGACAGUAUCUCACCCAAUGAGAGCAUUGAUGACGAGCACAUGUUGAUCCAGCACUACUGCCAGUCUCUGAACCAAGGCUCUCCUCUCAGUCAGCCCCGCAGCCCCGCCCAGAUCCUCAUCUCCAUGGAAACAGAGGAGAAGGGAGAGCUUGAGAGGGUCCUUGGUGACCUGGAGCAGGAGAACAGGAAGCUACAAGCCGAGUAUGACCGUUUGAAAAAGGCCCACGACAGGAAAGGUCUGUCCCCACUGCCUUCGCCGCCCGAGAUGCUCCCGGUGUCACCGCAGAGCGCACGAGACGCUGAGCUCAUCGCAGAGGCCAAGCUGCUGCGGCAGCACAAAGGUCGUCUGGAGGCCCGCAUGCAGAUACUGGAGGACCACAAUAAACAGCUUGAGUCCCAGCUGGACAGGUUGAGGCAGCUUCUGGAGCAGACGGAUUCCAAGGUGAACGGCACAGCUCUGUCCUCUCCCUCCACCUCCUCUCAGCGCUCUGACUCCUCCCUGCCUCUGCUCCGCGUGGCUGCCAGCCAGACUACUGACACAAUGGGUGAUGAGUUUUCCAGCCCUUCACAAGAUGCAUCUGGCCUGGAGGAAGUAAUGGAACAGCUCAACAACACUUUUCCUCACAGCCAGGGUCCCAGCAUCGGCAGUUUGUUCCACAUGGCGGACGACCUGGGCCGCGCCAUGGAGUCGCUGGUCAGCGCGAUGACUGACGAGCGGAGCGGGGAACUGCAGCAGGCCCUACCUUUCUGAUCCCCUCCAUCAUCUCGCAUGCUUUUCUAGUCAAAACAACUGGAUUGGAAACUGUUUACACAGAGAAUAUAAUGUCUAUUUUUGUGAAGGAUUGCAGUUAAAGCAACAAGUACAAAAAAUACUGAGAUUUGAGUAGUUUCUUAAAACAUCCUGUUUUAUUGUUAAGAGGCUGAUUUUUAAACUUCUAUGCAAUUGUAUAAAACAAGAGUGAGGUUGAGAAACAAAGUUGUCAUAAAGGCAAGUGUCCUCAUAUAUUUGCUAUCUCUUUCUAACUGGGGAAACAAGCUGAAUCAUUUCUCACUAGUUUCAAACGAUUGUAACCUUGGGGCUGUUUCCUUUGUGUGUGAAUGAGUCUCUGUAUGUGCGGUCCCUAAUAUCCAUUAGUUUGGUUUUGCAGUGGAGGGAUACUACUUUUUAGAAACAGGUUGUACAUCCAUAUUCAAUACAAGCUCUAUUGAGUGACUGAAACACAAUCCUAAUGACACUACAGCAAAGUAAAAAAGGCCUCACACACUGGUGGCCAUUUUUAGACUAAAUUACUUGAGGGCCCUGCUAAGUUUGUUUCCCUCAUCUGGACAAAAUACCCAAAUUUGACUCUUCAGUGCUUUGCAGCUGAACACCUGGCUUUGUCAAAUAUGUCUCGUUACAUACCUCUGCCUUGCCACAAAUCCUCUAAUUACGUUUAUACUUCUCUCCACUCUGAGCAGCUUCCCUGUCGGUGCUAUAGAACGUCUCACUUAAUGGCGUUUGCUAAAGGUUAGUUUUGGUCCCAUCUGACCAGACAACCUUCUUCCACAUCUGUGCUCUGUCCCCUACAUGGCUUGUGGCAAACUGGAUUUCUUCCCACUGUUAUAUAAAGUUCUGAUAGUUCUCCUACCUGAGGUGUGGAUAUCUCUAGCUCCUCCAGAGUUGCCACACAUCUUCUGAUUAGUGCUCACCUUUUCUGGCCCCAUCUUGGUAGGUUUGCAGAUCAGGGUUCCUGUCUGACAAAGAAUAGAAAAUGCUUUUAUGGUUUUCCUGAUAUUUAAUUAUUCCAUUUUCUAAAGUUUGACAAUGCUAAAGGACUGCAAUGGAUUUCACAGAAAUGUAUGUUGAAAGAACCUUUAACUUAAGUGCAACAUUUUGGUUUUCAACUUACUGAUUACAUGCACACAUUCUAAAAUAAAAAAGGCCAUUUGGGAAGCUUUUGGGUCUUGUCAGAACUACUGGAAUUUGAUUUAUAAAAUGUGUAAAACUGAAAAUCAAGGAUAUUUUCUGAUCUAUGUUGUGUUGGUCUAUCAUCCUGCAGAAUCUUUUGAAAACUAGAGGAUGAUUCUCUUCAACCUGAUGUUUCCAUUACUCUUCCAUACGUAUUUUGCAGAGGCAAAGUGUUCAGGUGCAAAGCAAGAUUUGAUCAGAUGGGUUUUUCUAUUAGAUAAAGCAGCAGAAUAAACCUGCUUCUCUGUUUUGUGGAAAGAGUCUUCCUCAGAGAAACUGUUUAGCAUCAUCAUAAACAGUUCAUGCCCUGAUCCAUGCUGAGUUAAAUUUGAACUUUUGGGGCUUAGAUGGUAGCGUAUAACUGCCGCAUUAUAAGGUUUCUUGGUUCUAUUUCCUCUACUUGAAUACAACUGGGUCAUUGUUUCAAGAACCCUGGGGAACAUGAGUUCUACCUCAUGUGAAUUUUGGAAGUGCAGUAAUAAUUGAUACUGUAAUCUGUUCCACACUCCAACAUUAUUAAUCCAUGAGUAGAUAUUAUUUGCCAGUUGAACUCUACACGCUCACUACCCUGGUGGAAGCUCCACGUGGAAGGUUCUGAUCCGUUAACUAAACCUUAACUAGUUUGUUUUGUGUUUGAUUAAAAGCAGGUUGGUUCUGUUCUGUGUGAGGUGCCCUCAUAUUAACUAAAGGAAAAGAAAAUCUUAAUUUGUAAUGAAUAAUCACAUUUGAAUCAGUUUACCAUCAGCUUUCUGCAGCAUGACCCAAUGACUUUAAACUUUUGACCCAAACAGAAUUAAACAUUUUGAAGAAUUUGUCAUUUUCACCUAAUUUUUCUAAUAAAUCAGUACUUCACAACAUGUCAGAUUCCAUCAAAUGUAUGCCUUACUACUGUACUAUAAAAUGCUUUACUGAAUAUCAAUAAAGCAUGCCGUUAUGUUAA